AGCGGCGCCCACGGAAGAUGGAGCAGUUUCAGGACGGCCACCACGUGCGGCUGCGGAGCCGCGAGCGCGGCAUGUACCUACACGCCGACGAGGACGGGCAUGGCGUCUCCCUCCACCACCGCCGGGCGUCGAUGAACGCGGCUUGGGUGGUGCACUUGUACCACGGCCACGCGGAGUACGUGCUCCUCCACAGCUCCGCCUACGGUCGGUACCUCGCCGCCACGGAAGCGCCGGCGCCGCUAGGCCACCGCGGGCUGCGCGUCGAGCUGCGCGACUACGCACAGCCGGAGGUGCAGGCCAUCAUGUGGAAGGCCGACGGGGCCGACUCUGGGAACGACGUCCUGCUCUGGCAGUUCACCGGCCGCUGCCUCCGCGCCAACGGGAGGUACCUCAGCUGGAACAAUGGCGUCAGCGCCGAGGACAUCGAGGACACCUACAUCGUCAGCACGAUGAUGCACUGGGUAGUGGAGCCCAUCCCCGCCAUGGAGGACAUGCCCCCCCUUCCACGUCCGACUGGGCUUCUCUUCCCCGGAAUACUCACCGCCCUGUUGCCGUCGCGGCUGAUCGUGUACGUGCGGGCGGGGGCCGACGGGACCCGCAUGAACCACGGCGCGUUGGUGUUCAGGGGCAGGUCCGUGGUCCGCCUUAGGAAGAAGCUGAUGCGCCGGCUGGACGUCUCCGACCUCGUCAUGUGCGUCGAAGCGGGUACUUUCGGGCGGCCUACCCCACUCGUCGUCGACCUGCCCCGCAGCGUCCGGGACCUCCACAUCGUCGUCUUCGCGGCCGGGACGCCAGCCCACGCGGAGGUGCGGUACCCAGAUGUCGAUGCAGUGUAGAGAAAGACCAGAGCAGGACUCCUGACCGUUGCUUCACAGUUCUCAUGUUCAGAGUGUCGCCGUCUCAAAACUUUUUGCAGUGAGAUAGGGGUUCGGCAAAACCUGGAAGUUGUUGUGUUUCUGCUAGCUGACAAUGUAGGAAACCUAUUUGCUGUUCUCAA